AUGGCUGUCAAAGAAAAGGUGAAUAAGAAGAGAAAGUCUCUCUCCGGAGACAAAAAGAGCUCUAAGGGUCACAAGAAGUCAAAGCUCUCCAAGAAUGUCGAAGAAGAUGCAGACCAAACCAAGGCUAUUGAUGAAUUAGAUGGUCAAUUCGAUGAAGUUUCAAACUUAUUAGGUGUUACAGAAGAACCAAAGAUCGAAGAAACCCCUGAAGAAAGUUCUGAUGACGAAUCGGAAAAUGAAAAAGAAGAAGAAGAAGAAGAAGAUAGAAAAAAAAAGCCAGCAGCAAAGAAGUUGAAUAAAGAAUCCAAACCAGAAAAUAUCCAGUCUGAACAAGAACAGGAGGAAUCAGUUACUGAUUCUUUCGUAGACCUCAAUUUAUCCGAGCCUACUCUUAAAGCCAUCAGUGAAAUGGGCUUCACUAAGAUGACCAAGGUCCAAGCAAGAACCAUUCCUCCACUUUUAGCAGGUAAAGAUGUUUUGGGGGCCGCCAAAACCGGUUCUGGUAAAACCUUAGCCUUCUUGAUCCCAGCCAUUGAAUUGCUCUACUCAUUGAAGUUCAAACCAAGAAACGGUACUGGUGUGGUGGUUGUUUCCCCAACCAGAGAGUUGGCACUUCAAAUUUUUGGGGUUGCCAGAGAAUUAAUGAAGCAUCACACUCAAACCUUUGGUAUCGUCAUUGGUGGUGCUAAUCGUAGAGCCGAAGCUGAGAAAUUGGUCAAAGGUGUCAAUUUGUUGAUUGCCACCCCAGGUAGAUUGUUGGAUCAUUUACAAAACACCAAGGGUUUUGUUUUCAAGAAUCUUAAGGCCUUGGUCAUUGAUGAAGCUGAUAGAAUCUUGGAAAUUGGUUUCGAAGAAGAAAUGAAGCAAAUCAUCAAGAUUUUGCCAAAUGAAAAUAGACAAUCCAUGCUUUUCUCCGCUACCCAAACCACCAAGGUUGAUGACUUGGCCAGAAUUUCUCUUAGAGCCGGUCCAUUAUACAUCAAUGUUGACUCCGGUGAGGACAGCUCUACUGCCAAUGGGUUGGAACAAGGUUACGUGGUUUGUGACAGUGACAAGAGAUUCUUGUUGUUGUUUUCAUUCUUGAAGAGAAACCAGAAAAAGAAGGUCAUUGUGUUCUUGUCGUCUUGUAACUCCGUCAAAUAUUAUGGUGAAUUAUUGAACUAUAUUGAUUUGCCAGUAUUGGACUUGCACGGGAAACAGAAGCAACAAAAGAGAACUAAUACUUUCUUCGAAUUCUGUAACGCUAAGCAAGGUACUUUGAUUUGUACAGAUGUCGCUGCUAGAGGUUUGGAUAUUCCUGCUGUUGAUUGGAUUGUCCAAUUUGAUCCACCAGAUGAUCCAAGAGAUUACAUUCAUAGAGUUGGUAGAACUGCUAGAGGUACCGCCGGUAAAGGUAAGUCUCUUAUGUUCUUGACUCCUUCAGAAUUGGGAUUCUUGAGAUACUUGAAGGCUGCCAAGGUUCCAUUGAACGAAUACGAAUUCCCAACUAGCAAGAUUGCUAACGUCCAACCACAAUUGGAAAAAUUGAUUGCUUCUAACUACUGGUUGCAUCAGUCCGCCAAAGAUGGUUACAGAGCCUACUUGCAAGCCUACGCUAGUCAUCAUUUGAAAACCGUUUAUCAAAUCGACAAGUUGGACUUGACUAAGGUUGCUAAAGGUUAUGGUUUCCCAAUUCCUCCAAGAGUCAAUAUUACCAUUGGUGCCAGUGGAAAGACUGGGAAAAAAGAUAAGAAGCAACACCAAAACAAAAGACGUUGA